UAAGUAUUUGUACUUUUUUUUAUUAUUAUAAAAUAACAUGUGUAGCUUGAAAAGACACCACCCUUGGGAUCGGAUGUUGGCAUGUGUUAGUUGUCAGUUUGCUAGCUAACUUACUAACAUUUAGUUAAAUAGUGUUUUGAUUUAGCACUAAGUAAGAUAUGAAAAGUAAAUAAAAUGCUCGAAUACACGUGUUUAAUGUUACGUAAAACUGACGCAAUGUCCGGGUAGUAAAUGGUGGUGUUCAGAGCUGUUUCAGUUUACAGCAUUGCGAAGGCUUUUCUGUGGCAGUCCGUCUGUUACCUGUCUAAAUGUGCAGUAUGUAGCAUGCCCUGUCAAGUAAAGCCUCGUUUUGUGGUUCUCUACGGGUCUCAGAAGGGCCAAGCCGAGUCCAUAGCAGAAGGAAUAGCUGAGUCAGCAGAGGAGCAUGGACUGUUUGCAGAGCUCAGUUGCUUGAAAGACAACGAAAAGUACAAUUUGGAGAAGGAGAAUGCCCCAGUGGUCUUUAUUGUGUCUACUACUGGAGACGGGGAACCGCCAGACAAUGCCCUCCAAUUUGUAAAGCGCAUCAAGAAGAAGACCCUCUCCCCUGACCACUAUAAGCACCUAUGCUAUGCACUUUUAGCUUUAGGAGACACAAAUUAUGCAAAUUUCUGCAACUGUGGGAAGACAAUUGAGCGUCGUCUACAGGAACUUGGUGCCAAACAAUUCUAUGCGACAGGAUAUGCAGAUGAUGGAGUAGGGCUGGAAGUGGUUUUGGACCCCUGGAUUGAAGGACUGUGGGCAGCAAUCAAAGAAGCCUUAUCAAAAAUGUCUGCCGAUAGGACUGGUUACUUGAAAGGAGAAGCGGGGGAUUCACCAAACGAACCUCCUCAUUCAUCCAUAGCAGAUGUCCAACUGAACCUCCUGAGCAUAACUGACCACCAGGACUGCGAGUCGAUCAGAGCAUCUGUAGAAACGGUUUCCAAAUUUGCAACUGCUGCUUCAUCUUCAGCUUCUGCUACACAGAUUGCUGUUUCUGAUCUCGGGCCAGCUUUUCCUGCGGGGAGCACUGGGUUGGCAUUUCAGUCUCAUGGUACUGCCAGUGUUCCUACAUCAGCACCGGAGACGGAGGCCGGGGAUGCUGGAGUUCCCCAUAUUGCUUUGGCAGCCUCACUGACACGCUCCCUGCCACCGCUGUCCGAGUCCUCUCUUAAUGUUCCUGCUGUGCCUCCUCCCUACCUCGAUGUCUCUCUUCAGGAGGUGGAUGCUGUGGAACAGAUUGUUGGACCGUUAAAGAAAGAAACUCUCCAUGAGGUCCCCAUAUCAAGGGCUGUCCAACUGGCCAGAGGAGAUUCAGUCAAGACGGCCCUUCUCUUAGAGCUGGACAUUUCUGCCCAUCCUAUGAUGACCUAUCAGCCAGGGGACUCGUUUGAUGUGUUCUGCCCAAACAGGGCCGCUGAGGUAGAGGACUUGCUCCACAGAUUGGACCUUCAUGACCAGAGGGACCACCAAGUACACAUUUCUCUACGUAAAGACACAAAGAAAAAAGGUGCCCAGGUGCCAUCCUACAUUUCCCAGAACAUUUCUCUGCUGUACCUGCUCACAUGGUGUCUGGAGAUUAGAAGUGUUCCUAAGAAGGCAUUUCUCCGAGCGCUGGUGGAGCAUACGGGUGACAGUGCACAGAGGAGGAGACUGCAGGAGCUCUGCAGUAAACAAGGCGCCGCAGACUACAACCUGUACGUGAGAGACCCGAGCCUCAGCGUCCUGGAGCUGCUCACAGCAUUCUCAUCCUGCUCGCCUCCUCUCAGCCUCCUCAUAGAGCAUUUGCCGAAACUGCAGCCCAGGCCUUAUUCAGCAGCCAGCUCCUGUCUUAGGUACCCAGGAAGGCUGCAUUUUGUCUUCAAUGUGGUAGAGUUCCCAGCACGCUCUGGGCGGCCUGCGGGGAGGCGAGGCUUGUGUACCGGUUGGCUGUUUGACCUCAUCAAUCCUGUCCUGGUUCUCCCUGAGAAGGCUGAAUCCUCCGGCAGCCUGGCCCUGCCAAAGAUCCAUGUGAGUUUGAGACCCAACUGCUCCUUCCGGCCUCCCUCUGCCCUGUCGGCGCCCUUCAUAAUGGUCGGACCCGGGACAGGGGUCGCCCCCUUUAUUGGCUUCCUCCAGCAAAGAGAGAAGGAGAGGAAGGAGAACCCUGAGGCCAUAUUUGGCGAGACCUGGCUGUUCUUUGGUUGCCGGCACAGAGACGGAGACUACCUGUUCAGAGAGGAGCUGGAGGGCUUUGUGUCCAGCGGUACUCUGAGCCAACUCAAGGUGUGUUUCUCCAGAGAUGACCAGAAGGAGGAGGAGGCCACCCUCUCUGCAGCUCGACCCAGAUACGUGCAACACAACCUGCUGCUUAACAGCCAACACAUCACUGACAUCCUGCUCAAACAGAACGGUUACCUCUACGUCUGCGGAGAUGCUAAGAACAUGGCUAAAGACGUGAACGACACCCUGAUGGAGAUGAUCAAAACAGAGCUUCAGGUGGACCAACUGGACGCCAUGAAGAGACUCGCGGAGCUGAGAGAGGAGAAGCGCUACUUACAGGACAUCUGGGGCUGACAGUGGAUGACCAGAUAAGGGCAUUUUGCAGCAUCCUCUGGGCCUUUUUACACCUUAAAGAAAAAAAAUCACCACGCUCAGCUGUAACCUCUAGAACCAUAAAAUUGUGGAUGCUGAAGCCCUGAGGUAGUUUACACCACCCAGUGCUACCAAGAUGGAAUAUACCAUGCUGACCCGGGGAUAUCGGUUCACUACAUCAUCUUGGGCUUUUCUGUUUGAACAGAAAUGAUCUUGGUCAGGGCAAUAGUGCUGGAGAUUGGUCCUGCAGUGUGAAAAUGCUUUUAGUGUAGACAAGCCUCCUAUCUGCGUCCUGUCUGGGGAAAAGGCAUUUACUUCCGUCGGCUGAGAUGGAGUGAUGUUGAUGAGACUGGGAGUGCUUCAACCGAGAUGGAAACCGCUCGGCAAUCAGCAGUUCUUUAACAACAACACACACUAAAUUGUUUAUUGUCAUUCAGGGGGAAAGUAAUCAGUUAUUUUUAUUUUUUAACAAUGUCCCAAACCACCAAAGAUGACUUCUGAAUCUGAAUUUCAUUUAUGAUUUGAAUGAAGUGAAUCUCAAUUCAAAAAUAAGUUUGUUUGAAUGGUUUGUUCCUGUAUUAUGUAGCAGCCUCAUAUUUUUAAUCAAAUACUGUGGAUGUAGUUGACUUUUCAUCCUAUUUUUCAGGUAAUAAAGAAAGAUUUUAAUGCAUUCAAUCCUAAAAGAAAGUCAGAAUUUCAAGGCCGAUUAUCACAUUCAUACACAUACUCAUUCAAUUUUAACUACAGAGGGCAUGAAUCUCAAUAAUAAUGUGCAGCUCUGACCAAAACAAUAUCUCGAAUAACUUUUCUUGUUUGUCUGCCCCCACAUACCCAGCAGACUGCCAGUUUCCAACUUUUCUAAGUCCUGCAAAGCCUGAGUAAACUCUUCCAAACUGUGGUUGAAACGAACACUGUGCCUUGUAUAAUCAGGAAUUAAAAGACAUUUCAGCAUAAAUUAUAUCCGCCUAUGCUUUUUUCUUUUGUUUCGCGCACAGGUGUGUGUUUGUGGACAACCUUAGACACACGUAUCUGAAGUGUGUGGGUGUGAAGAGGCGAUGGGAAUAAUUUGGGAGCUAAUAAACUCUGAUUGAUUAGGAGUGAUUGUUUUAUAUAAAUUUAGAGAUAAUUUGAUUGUUCAAGGUGACUUUGGUCAGGAGAUGAAAGCGUACUCUGCUAAUUGAAGGCUUUUCGCGAUGGGCUUCUUAGCGCAGCACGGAGCCCCAGAGAGGCUUCUCAGAAUUAAAUCUUCUAACAGCAGUCUUUUUAUUUAUCCUCUUGUAGGGAGGGGAGAGGAAAAACAUGUUUACAAUCUCUGCCGUCUGCGCCGUAGAUGACACCCCCAUUCGGUACAUUUUUGAGCUCGGGUAAACAAAACAUUCACUGUCGCAGAAAACAAUCCCUGAUAGUGAAUAAUUGGUUUAAUACAGUGUUGUCGAAAGGUAGAGCUGUCCUUGUGUUUGUCCAGGCGCAGCUGGCUGCAGCUCCUCACCCUCAUCUCUCAGUGUCCUGCUGCUGCGACAAGUCCCGGUAGCAGAGGAGGACAAAAUCAAAAUAAUGAUGCUGUGUGCGCCUAACAGCACCACCAAUCUCAUCUCACACACACAUCAUGAUCCAUGGCCUCCAUUUAAUGCAAGGCUCCAAUUUGUUGUUGGAAAAAUGACAACAACUUGCGUGUAGGCUGUAACAAGAAGGAAAGUUUCAUCAAAGUGACGAGCGUGAUCAUUAUUAGUGAAGAAUUUGAGAAGUAGGAAGUACACUCUGAGCCGUACUGCCCUUAUUUACCUACCCUAUUAACAUGUCCUCAUCUGUACUUAAAAAAAUGACCAUAGCCAUAAGAUAGAGAACCUGCCGGCUGCUUUUGUCAGCCUGUCCAGCAACUACCAAGGACUGAUGAAGUUUUAAAUUAUGUCUUCAUAAUUAAAAAGGUUCAGAGUGGCUGUUUUGUCCCGCAGCGAAAGCAAAAGACAGAGCUGAGGAGAUUGUGGGGAAUAAAUCAGGGUGCUGGAGGUCAGUGCGACCGCAGAAUAGUAGCACCUCGGUGAUAGAUACCCCUUGUUAAGAAUGGCGUAAAUGAAGCAGAAAGAUGUGUGCUGAAGAUAAUGACUGUUAUUAUGGAAGUGUCGAGUGAGCCAAGUGGGGAGAUGCACUUUAUGUCAAUGAGCUCAGAGAUUUUAGGAAGGCCUGGUUAACAUUCGGCUUCUUGGUGUAGAAAGCACAAGUAGUGAUGAUGAGGAAAGUAAGUGGAUCCUCCCACACUCUCCCUCCCUGAGCUUGGCUGGGAGUGCGCCUUAAUUAGGCAAGUGACAAUAUGUUCAAUUCUGUCGGCCGAGGUGUGUGGAUUUGACUGCAGUUCAAACAGCGUAGUGGUAGUUUCAGGAGUAAACAGCAAGCGGAAACCAAGUUUUGUCCCUUAUGACAAAACUUUGGGGAGAUUCAACUUUGCAAAUGUGUCUGUGUGUGUGCCCGUGUGCAUUUCCUACAGAGUGAGGAUAUUUUCCAGAAUAAAUAUAACCUUAGUUACAUCUGUAACUCUUGUUCCAUUUCAUUCAGCCUGACUGCCAGAGUUCAUUGUCAUCCAGGUAUUUCAUACUGUCUCUGACGGUCAGCAAGAAUAAAAUUAUAUUCUUGUUCUGUUUUUUUUUGUUGUUUUUUUUACCGUGGUUAUUAAGAAUCGUUGAAUUCCACCGAAGAUGGUCUCGACUUAUAACAUCCCUAGUUAACGCUUUAUGAUUAUGAUCUCUGUCAGAUGAGCAAAACAGUAUUCACAACAACUUAGAUUUAAUUUAAUUCAAGUCACAACAUGGCCUAAUGUGUAAUGUGUAUUGUGAGAAGCACUAAAAAUGUUUAUAUGAAAUGUUUUAUAGAAAUAGCGACAUAUUUUAUGUGUAAUAUAAACACAUAAACACAUUAUUGGCUCUCUAUACAAUGUAU